AUGACUGGCCCCUCUUCGGCCUGCUUGCCAGUCUUGCUCCUGGGGCUGCUCUCGCCUUGGCUGGCGGGGCGCUGCAUGCCCGCCUUGGCCCACCACCACCACCCGCACAACGACACCCUGGAGUGGCGCUGGGAGACUCUCUUCUCGCGCUCCAUGGCCAGGCUCCCCGGGGAAAGGAAGGAGCCCAGCCGGGACGGAGACUAUCUGCUGGGCAUCAAGAGGCUGCGACGCCUCUACUGCAACGUCGGCAUCGGGUUUCACAUCCAGAUCUUGCCAGACGGCCGGAUCAACGGGAUUCACAACGAGAAUCGAUACAGUUUGCUUGAAAUCUCUCCAGUGGAAAGAGGAGUUGUAAGUCUCUUUGGAGUAAAAAGUGGACUCUUUGUAGCUAUGAACAGUAAAGGCAAACUCUAUGGAUCUAACCAUUUCAACGAUGAGUGUAAAUUCAAAGAGAUCCUGCUUCCAAACAACUAUAAUGCUUAUGAGUCCCAGAUCUACCCGGGGAUGUACAUAGCCCUAAGCAAAAAUGGAAGAACAAAGAAAGGCAACAAAGUCUCUCCCACCAUGACAGUAACACACUUUCUUCCUAGGAUCUGAGAGCUGUCCCUUCAGACCUACCUCAGGGAAGGGGAAGAAGGCAAGGCCCAGUUGGAGAGCAGGAGGAGGGAUUUACGGUGCACUUUUCUUUGAGAGUUUUAUGCAAGAGUAGAUGUAAGAUAUUUAAAUUAUUUAAGUCUGUAUAUAUUGCCAGAAAGUUAUUUAUAGUUCUGAUUUUUUUUAAUUCCUAAAAAAAGAAAUACCCAGCAUAAAACAAAACCUCCAACCUAAGCUAUUCAUUACACAGUGCAAUGGUAGAUGACUUUUGCAUUGUGGUUUAUUUAACAUUUUUUGCAAGUUAUCACAGGUGUGCUGCU